UUGGCUCCAGCGCCGGCCUUCCCCUGCGCUGCAGAGGGGGCGCCGUGUGCGCAGCAGCGCUCCCGUCUGCGCGCCGCGCGCGGGGGCCCCGGCACCGCCCAUGGAGGAGCCCGGCGCCGUCCCGCUCGGGCAGCUGCUCGCGGCAGCCCUCGCCGCGCACGAGCGCGCGGACGCCGCGAGCAGGGGCGUUGCCUCAGAGCUUGCCUCUGCGCGGGAGCACCUGGCGGAGCUCGAGGACCGGCUCCCGGGCAGGCUCGUGGCUUCGGAGGCGGGCUUCGGCGCCGGUGCCGCGAGCGCCGACACCUACAAGUUCGAGGUGACCCCGGCCGCCUCGGCCAGGGCGGCGCCGCCGCGCGGCCACGCCGACCACCCAGGCGAGCAGGCCCUUGAACGCCCGCCUCCGAGCAGCACGCCGCUGGAGGUGGUGCCGGCAUCUUCAAGAAAGAGCGUGGAGGUGGUGCCGGCACCUUCAAAGAGGAGCGCGGAGGCUCGCCGCCCUUCGGAGGGGAGCGACCUGUGGCACGUGUGGGCGCAGGAGGCGAGGCCGCUGGCGCCCAGGAGGAGCGACCAGGCUGGCAACGCCCAGGCCGUGACCGACGGGCUGGCCCACGUGCGCGGAGGUGUCGCGGCCGAUUUCGUGGAGAUCGACCGCGACUUCAGCGGCCACACGAGGAGGCGGCGAAGCUUAGAGGAGCGCAUCGUACUGCGGCCUGACAGCGGCGUGCGCACCGCAUGGGAAGUCGCCUCCUUGGUUCUCCUGUCGUACGACGUGAUCAUGAUGCCACUCUCGAUGCUCGAUCGGAUUGGCGUUGGAGGGGUCUACGCAUAUGUGGAAUUGGCCAUCACGCUCUUCUGGACGAUGGGCAUCGGCGUGUCGUUCAUUUCGGCAUACUACGACGUGGGUGCCCUGGAGGUCCGCCUGACGAAGAUCGCCAGGAGAUACCUGCGCGGCACGUUCCUCUUUGACGUAAGCAUCGUGUCCGUCGACUGGCUGUUCACGCUCGCCUCCUUCCUCGACAACGGUGCCAUCCGGUUGCUGCGCCUGGGGAAGCUCGUGCGAUUCGGCAAGGCCGCGCGCAUGCUUCGCCUGCUCAGGAUCAUGAAGGUGCCCAGGCAGCUCGACGCCCUGAACGACGCCAUGCAGUCCCAGACUUUCAGCACCGCAAUCGGGGUUGGCAAGGCCAUAGCGUUCAUCAUUAUUCUGAAUCAUUUUGUGGCUUGCAUCUGGUAUUCCUUGUCUAACACGCUUCGCGAUUAUGGUGAGCUGGCUUGGGUGGACGCUCUGCACAACGAAGGCCGUGACAAGGCUUAUUUCUACACCACGUCGUUGCAUUGGAGUUUGACACAAUCCAGCUCAUCUAUGGAGAUUGUUCCGCGGAAUACGGGGGAACGUGUCUUCGUGAUCGUUGUCGUGGUCAGUGCUCUCUUGAUUUUCUCCUCGUUCGUGAGCGGCAUCACCAGCGCCAUGACCCACCUCAGGCAGCACAACAACCACCGGUACACGCAGCUCGACUACAUCACCCGCUACCUGCUGGACAAGAAGAUAUCGGGAGAGCUGUCGAGCAGGAUAGCGGUGUUCAUCCGCAAGUACAAGUUCCUCGCCAAGCACAAGGUCCGCGAGCAGGACGUGGAGGUCUUCCAGGUGCUCCCGACUCCUCUGAAGCGCCAGCUGCGCCUGGAGGCUCACGGCCCCGUCCUGUGCAGGCAGCCCUUCUUCUACCAGCUCGGCGAGUUCGACGGAGAGGGACUGCUCGCAGUCUGCAACAACAUCACCGAGCUGCCCCAGGACAUGGCGAGCGAGCUGUUCACGCCCAGCCAGGACGCCCUGGACGCGUACUUCCUGCUGCACGGGCACGCCGAGUACGACCUGGACGAGGAGACCUGGUUCUUCGAGGGGAAGGCCAGCCGCACCGUGUUCUGCGAGGCGGCGCUGUGGGUCCGCUUCGCGCACCCUGGCAGGCUGUUCUGCAGGACCUCGUCGGAGUUCUUGGCACUGUCGAGCGCCACGUUCCGCAGCGUCGUGCCCAAGAGGCCGAUGCUGCACUUGACCUGCUGCGACUACGCGCAGAGGUUCCUGCUCGAGCUGCACGAGUCGGGGACGUACGAGCAGUUCGACCUGGGCUUCCACGAGUUCGACACGAAGCAGGAGAUGGCACAGACGACCUUCGAGGCCAGUUUCAGCUUCGACGUGGGGGACACGACAGGAGGCGCCGCGGUCUCGGGGCAGGUCUCGAGCCACUCCGACAGGAAGCGCUCCGCCUUCCGCGGGGCCCGCGCUUCGGGCCUCUCGCGGGCGGCGGCCCCGUGGGACAGCGCAUGAGGAGGAGGAGGAGGAGGUCCCUGCUCAGUUUCCCCUGUGCCUGCGCGUGCGCCGCCUCCCCCCCCCGCGGUGCUGGCCGCUCCGCCCCGCCGCAGCGGCCUCGGGGGGCGCGCGGCGGCCGAUCGGCCAGCGGGGCGGUCCUGCGACCCCUGGAGCUUGCAGACUGCGCACCCGCGUUGCACCCUCGGAGUCCCCGUUCGGAGGCAGCGGGCGCGCGACCGGCGCCCGCCCCCUCUGCAUGGGUUCGCGUGUGCUCUGCUGCUGCUGCUGCUGCUCCGCCCCGGCUUACGGGCAGUAGAUCGGGCACCUCAGCAUUUGCGCAAGCUCACUCGCGACUCCUGCGCCCUCGAUCUCCUUGUGGGGAUGUGUGUUUGCAUUCGCUCACGGUUCUCAGUCUGCUGAUGUCGCAUGCGGCCUUUUGUCACCGGGUCCUUUUAUUGUUAAUCAUUUUGUAUCAUGCGUCUGACGUGCUGGCCCGCACGAGCGACGCAUGUGUCCGCGUCGGCGUCGGGUCUGUAUCUAGUUGCAUCCAGUUGCACCUUGUCUUUGUCGACAUGCGUGUCCGCAUCAGGGCUUGCAUCCGAUGUUCGAAUUUUUAUUGCAUCCAUGUGCUAGCGGUCGGCGCCAAGUCGCCGUAUCUGGCAUAUUGGACAUUCACGCACGGGUGGAAACACAUGUUUUGGAGGCAGCACCCUCAAUGCAGGGCAUGCGCAUGCUCUGGAGGCAGCACGCUCACUGCAGGGCAUGAGCCGUUUGCGCGCUUGGAGGGGAUUAAUGUUUGGAGGGGAAGGAAAUUUAUGAGCCAGGG